GAUCUGGUCCUCCUCUUCUCACACGCACGCACGCACGCAGACACCUCGAGACAGACGACAGGUAUACUUAACUGCUCACCCGCACGGCGUACGCCAUAGAUAGAUAGCUAAUACUAGGCGCACUGCAGCUCUGCCAUCCGUGUAGGCAGGUGUGUAUAUAUAGAUGCGCGUGCCCUAAUGGUGCUUCAUGGCUGACCAGCCCUCUGCAGCCUCCCCGCCUGCUCCUGCUCCUCAGCCUCAGGAGGUGCAAGCUGCUGCUGCAGGCCCGGCCACUCCUCCCGUCUCGCCCAGUUCCCCGCCGGUGCAGCUAGGCGUGGACACGGUGGGGGCCGCGACGGCGCUGGUGGCGGCGGCGACGAGCCCCGGGGAGCCGUCGCCGCGCUCCUCGGGGAAGCACCCCUUCUACCGCGGCAUCCGCUGCAGGAACGGCAAGUGGGUCUCCGAGAUCCGCGAGCCGCGCAAGACGCGCCGCAUAUGGCUGGGCACGUACCCGAACGCCGAGAUGGCCGCCGCGGCCUACGACGUGGCGGCACGCGCGCUGCGCGGGGCCGACGCGCUGCUCAACUUCCCGGGCGCAUCCGCCUCGCGCCCGGCCCCCGCGUCAGCCUCCCCCGACGACAUACGCGCGGCCGCGGCGGCCGCAGCUGCAGCCGUCCUGCUAGAGGAUAAGCCGCCGCACGGUGACCUGGAGCAGGCUCCUGACGCCGCCGCCACCGCUCCUCCUCCUGCCAUGCAAGAAGACGCCACCGAUGAUGUGCCGCAGCAGGAGAUGUCGACGGGCAAUAACGAGGAUCACUUCAUGGACGAGGAGGCCAUCUUCGAGAUGCCGCAGAUGCUGCGCAACAUGGCCGCGGGCAUGAUGAUGACCCCGCCGCGCCUGAGCCCCACCGUCUCGGACGAGUUCUGGCCGGAGUCAGGGGAGAGCCUGUGGAGCUACCACGACCCCUAGCGUGUUCUCUGCAUUGGCACCUCCUCCACAGGACAUGAUGAUCGACCGGUGAGCUAGCGGGCGGCGGUACACUAUACAGGUUGCCAAACUGAAUUCUCUAAUCUGGAGAUGAUAGUAUAUGCAUGGACCCCGGUACGACGAAUCACCCUCUAUAUAGCUGCUGGUAAUAUGUGUGUGUGCCAUAACUAUAGACUGUGAUACUACUAUGUGCUAGCAAGCUAGUACUUACCUUUAAGUUUCACUUUUCUUUUCCUCCCGCUAAGGUCGUUUUCCUAGGUAAAGUUCACUUUGUUGAUUCGCUCGGCUUAUUGCUCGACCGUUUUAGUAUGAGAGCAAGCAGGCGCGCCACUUUUUCCUUCUUUUUUGUUGGAAAUGUCGAGUGGAUCGCACAUCGAUCGCAGGGAGACUUGUGCCAUUGUAACAUUUUGUAACUGUAGACAUAAAAUUAAAUAUUUCGGCGGUGGAUAAACUAAGAUCA